CAUCAAGAUGCAACUGCUACCAAUUCUUGUGCUCCUCGCUCUGGUCAUCUGUGCCGCCUGCAAAAACCACGAGGAAUGGGGAGGACAUCGCCCAGGAGACUACGAACCCAGGCCAUAUUCAAGGACCUUCUAAUUUAAAAGAAGUCUUUGGCACUUCCAAUAAAUAAUAAAAAACCCUACUAAAAGUUAACUUGAUUUAAAAGUGGUUGAUUAGUUUAUUACAAUAGAAAAUCCAUUCCACAUUUGAGUAAUAACCGCUGCAUUUAUGAAAUUCAACCGAAAGCAAGCACCGAAAUGGGCAGACAAUUGGCACUUGCUUUGACCACUCUUUUCUGAAACAUGUAUAAAUGUUUGCUGGCCUAAAAACUAAGUUAACUGCCGCAGCCAAACCGAAAAACACAACUAAUCAAAACUGUUUUUGAGUGAAGAAACUGCGGCAGCAGACAAUAGAAACUUAAAAACCUA